GCUUUGAAAGCAGCAUUAGCUCCGCCAACUUGUUGCACAACAGAGAAGAGCAACGCCCCCUCCUCUCUGUAUUUUAGCCUCAGCUCUCUGUCUCGGUGCCUCAGCUCUCACUCUGCUUAGCUACUGCUAAUCAGGUCACUAACAUGGCUGCUAACCGGGUGAUCGUUUAUGGAGGAAAAGGAGCUCUGGGCUCAAAGUGUGUCCAACAUUUCAAAUCCAAAGGAUGGUGGGUUGCUUGCAUCGACAUGGCUGCAAACGAGGAGGCAAAUGAGAACGUGAUUGUGAAGUUGGGUGAAUCUUUCAACGACCAGGCAGGACAGGUGACGGCAGAUGUGGCCCAGUUGCUAGGGGAGCAGAAAGUGGAUGCCAUCUUGUGUGUGGCAGGAGGAUGGGCAGGAGGAAGCUGUAGUUCCAAAGAUUUAUACAAAAACACAGAUCUGAUGUGGAAACAGAGUGUGUGGACCUCCACUAUCUCCAGCCACCUCGCGGCUCUGCACCUAAAACCAGGCGGACUGUUGACUUUGUCUGGAGCCAAAGCAGCUCUGUCAGGCACUGGAGGCAUGGUGGGCUAUGGCAUGGCCAAAGCUGCCGUCCACCAGCUGUGUCAGAGUCUCGCAGCAAAAAACAGCGGAAUGCCUUCAGGAGCCGCUGCUGUGGCUAUACUACCGGUUACCUUGGAUACGCCAAUGAACAGGAAGUUCAUGCCUGACGCAGACUUUGGUUCCUGGACACCGCUGGAGUACAUCGCAGAAAUGUUCUUCAACUGGGCCACAGGAGUGAACCGGCCGGCAUCAGGAAGCCUGAUGCAGCUGCUAACCUCUGGAGGCGAAACCCAGGCUGUGGCCGCGCAGUAGAGGACAGAGAGUGGUGACGGUGAUUGGAGGGAGAGGGAGAGGGAGAGGGUGAGGGUGAGGGUGAGAGGGAGGGAGGGAGGGAGGGAGAUGAGGAGGGCUUUCAUUGCAAGUGCAGCCGCAGAGUGCCAUCUAGCUGUAAACCCCUGCAAUGACCUCACUGUAACAGUCAGACUGUGUUAUAUCUCCAGUAAUGGUAUAGACACACUCUCCGCUACACUCUCAAAAUAUUCUUUCAAAGAUCAGUGAAUUGUUUUGAAGUGUGUGUUUUUGGUCAGGACUGUGUGGAAGUGGUCAGUUUUAGAUGCAUAUAUUAUUGGUUAUACCACACAAUUCUGUGUCAUAGCAGUGUUUAUUACAAUAAUUAUUAUGGGGAAAAACGCUGAAAAUGAAUCAGCUGUCUAAACUUGUUCCCUGCUUCUUUCAAAAUGCAUAUUAGCAACUUCAUACCUACAGUCAUUUUCUUUAACAUCUGUGAAAUCCAACACAUGAAGGUGUCGGUCCAUUGUGACAUGUGAGAUGUCUAGAACUUUUUAGUUUGUACUGUUUAUCAUCCCUGAGUGUCCUCUGCCACUGUGGAAACCUGUAAGUCGAAAAAAGCCGCUGUCUUCUUCUCUCAAACGGACAAUUCAGUUUAAAGUGGAGUGGCCUUAUUUUAUGUUUGUAGCUAUCAAGUCAAAGUGACCUUGGUGUCCGCGGUAUGAAAAAGGUGCUCUGUGCCUGUUGUGGGUUUUCUAAAUCGUGUAUUGUAACUGUGUCAAAUUCACAAUAAAAUGAUCAAAUAAAAGACCAAAUUGAGGUUUAAAGUUCAUUCUCAACUUCCGAAAAAGCAAUUGACAAAAUAAUUUCACCUCAAGGUCCAUUUAGUAGCUGUUCUGGAGCGUACAAAUGUCAGAAAUCGUAUUCACUAUGUAGUGUAUUAUAUUUACAGUCUGCCGUUAUUUGGGUUUCUGAGCCCUUUAGGGCUGUUCCUCCCAUGUUGGCUUAAAAAGUGAAGUUCAAAGUUCAUUCUUGAUUUAAGAAACAAGUUGAAAAGAAAAACUCAUUAAGGUUAAUUUGUUAGCUGUUGUGGAACUGACGAUCAGUGAAAGAACUGCUACUAAAUGGACCUUGAGGUUAGAUUGUUUUGUCAAUCAAAGGAUUGUAAAACCAAUCAAAGUGGAUAUUUGAUCAGUCAAAUAAUUUUUGUGGCAAAUGAAAAGUUGCUAGUCAGAAUCAAAUGUGCUAUUAUGGGUCUUCAAAAACCUAGAUAAGAUAU